AUGGCCCAAAGCUCUCCUCACCUCCCUUCAAGCCUUCCAGUAUGGCCGUUGCUGCCUUACAUCGCAGUAGCAUCAGCUAUUGCUUUGACGGGAUACCUCCUCAGCAUUCGAUAUCGACCAGGCUUACGCCAGGUUCCAGGACCACUACUGGCGUCUUUCUCUGACCUCGACCGCAUCAUCUCGACAGCCAAGGGCUUGUGUAUGAACUACCACCUCAAGCUCCACGAACAAUAUGGACCUCUCGUAAGGAUAGGACCCAAACAUGUCUCCAUCUCGGACCCAUCGUAUAUCCCGGUCCUGUACGGGAUCAACAGCAAAUUCUGGAAGACCGACUUUUACAUGCCAUUUGAUGUCAAAACGCCAGCGGGCAUGAGACCGACCAUCUUCUCCGUCCGUGACGAGCACCGCCAUCGUGACAUCCGACGACCCAUCGCGAACGCCUACGCGCUGAGCACGCUCAAGGAGCUCGAGCCGAUGAAUGACGCCUGUUCGGAAGUGCUGACGAGGAAGUUCGACAAGUAUGUCGGACAGGACAUUGAUCUUGGCAAGUGGGUGCACUGGUACGCCUUCGAUGUCAUCACGUCUAUUACUUUUUCCAAUACGCUGGGCAUGAUGGAGCAGGAAAAGGAUAUUGACCGCAUUAUCGAAUCGAUUGAGGGUCGUCUUAUGUAUAACAGCGUCGUUGGGCAAGCGCCGUACCUUCACAGAUGGCUUUUUGGGAAUGAAAUCGGCUUUAGACUGGGGCAAUUGAUCCCAGCGGUUCGGGUGAUGAACUCGUCGAGGUACAUCGUUUCGUUUGCGGCGAAGCAACUCGAGCGUUAUAACAAGCAGGAGUUCAAUACAAUCCCGUUGAAGGAUAUGCUGGAUCGAUUCAAGCGGUUCAAAGACGAGGAGCAGUUGAUCGACGACCCAGCGAUGCUGAGCCACGCCGUGAGCAACAUCUUCGCCGGCUCCGACACCACCGCCGCCUCCCUGCGCGCCAUCUUCUACUACCUCACCCUCAACAAACCCGCCCACACCAAACUCCUCUCCGAAAUCGACACCGCCGACGCCCAAGGCCAGCUCUCGGACCCGGUCACCUUCGCCGAAGCCCAGAACCUGCCUUACUUCCAGGCCGUCAUCAAAGAAGCGCUGCGCAUGCACCCGGCCGUGGGUCUCCUCCUCGAGCGACUCGUGCCCGAGGGUGGCGCGGAGAUUGGCGGCGUGCAUCUGCCGGAGGGCACGGUGGUGGGGAUUAAUCCCUGGGUCGCGGCGAGGGACACAGCGACGUACGGGGCGGAUGCGUAUGAGUUUCGGCCGGAGCGGUGGUUGGAGGCGGAUGAGGGGAGGUUGAAGGUGAUGGAGAGGAAUUUUUUGGCGUUCGGCGGCGGAGCGAGAACUUGUAUUGGGAAGAAUAUUUCCAUGCUCGAGAUGUCGAAAUUGGUCCCGCAGUUGUAUCGACGGUUUGAUUUUGAGCUGUCGUAUCCCGGGAGGGAGUGGACGUUGCAUGAUUAUUGGUUUGUGAAGCAGACGGGUUUGAUUUGCAGGGUCAAGCGGAGGGAGAGGGCGUAG